GUAGCUUUAUCCAGCCCUGGUUCGGCGUCGCGUUUUGUUGUCUUUUAUUUUGUUUUAUGGUUUAAAUGGUAAUCCGCUUUGUCAAAGGAAAUCCAAAAAGAAAACUCUUUGAUUACCUCAGCUAUGGCCACAGAAACAGUGCCAAAUGGUGAAAAGUUUCAUCUGGUUGGUGGCCAAGAUGAGGAUGUAAUAUGUCCCACUUGUGACCGUAAGAUCAAGAGGAGUCAAGUAGCUGACCACUGUCAAAUGGAAAUGGAGCGUCUACACAAUGUAGGCAGUGGGACAGUGACAGCGACCACAAAUGCAGCAACCACAACACCACCUCAGUCAGGUUCAGUUUCGGGAACUGGAACAGGAACGGGUGGGCGGCAGCCAUGGAGUGUGUUUCAACGCGUACAACGCAACCGGCAAGCUAGACAGCGACAGCGUACACGAAAGCGUCCAAGUAACACAACUACGGCUGAAUCUGCAGGUUCAGCUCCGCCAACAGUUCCUGCUGUUGCAGCCGCCGCCCCUACCUCAAUCUGUCCUGUGUGUAACAAGAGUUUUCCUCAAUCUAAUAUCCAGCAGCAUACGAAUCAGUGCUUGCGCCAGUCAAACGGAGAUCGACAUUCCAGCGAGGAGACCGAUGAUAGUGAGGAGUAUGAGGAAUACGAGUGGGCGGGACAAAAGCGUAUAAGAGUCUCAACACUGGUUCAGGGUGGGUACUCCUCUCUGAAUAUGGCUCAAACCAGCAAGUACAAUGGUAGCCAGCAGAACGCCGAUGAUGAAGACGAUGAGGAUUUAAAUGUAGAUGAGGAUGAUACUCACAUAUAUGGUCCAACGCAAUAUGGCGAAGGCGAUGUAAUUCCCUUGGCCAAUGAGGACAGUGAUGGUAAUGUCUCGGAAACGGAUGUUACCAGCUAUGUGCGACGUCUUAUUUCGUCCUCUGAAACACCCAAGACAAAUCAUUCCACAAGCGAGAAUACAGCGACUACUUCUACAGCAGAAACAGGGGAGGAAGAGGAGCAAGUGGAGCAAACGACUGAAACUAUGGAUGUGCCAUCCACCUCGCGUGGGACUAGAUCCCAUGCCAAAAACCAACAACAGAUUAUUGAAUCACUCAAGGCGCGACUACGACUUUAUGAUAAGCAAGCGCAGGCCAAAUUCAAAUGCCUAAUCUGCAUCGAUGACUACAAGAAUCCCGCCAUUUCAGUAUCCUGUUGGCAUGUCCAUUGCGAACAGUGCUGGUUACAGACUUUGGGAGCCCGGAAAUUGUGUCCCCAGUGCAAUUCCAUAACCACCCCCAAGGACUUGAGACGCAUCUACCUGUAGACAUUGGCUCUUUUCGAUUUGUUAUCCCAUACGCCUCGCUCCCCCCCCCUUUUAUUAUAGUUUCGCAGCUGUAGUUGAUAAUAAUCCCUCUAUAAAUAUUUAUAAAUAGUAAUUAUAAAGAUUACAACUAUAGUUAUUAUAUCUAUAUUAUGAUACGUGGUGACAUAACAAUAAGCAUUGCAUUAUGUAAUUAUUACAAUAAAUCAUUCGAAACCAA